GAAGUUAAUUAGCACCACAGCGCCGCCGAUGAAGGAUUGCCCGGGCGAGAACGAGAAAUGGCGGAGGGGAGGAGCAGCAGCGUUCCGUUGAGUCCCUGCCACAAGUCUCGCGCGGAGUCGUCCGCGUCCUGGACUCGUUUCCUCGACGGCGGAGUCCCCGGCGCGCCCGGAGCCUCCUCAAGGGCGGCACCCCGUCGUCGCGGCGCCGUAAAAUCCUUACGAGUUUCGGGCCUUCGGGCCUUCGGGCCGGGCCGGGCCAGUCGGACGAGGAAGCACAGGGGUCCUAUCUCGCCGCCAAGAUGAUUUGGAGAGGGCGGAUGACUUUGGCGACGUGGAUUAGCGAAGGACGCCGUCGUCGUCGUGUUGGCCGCCUAAUCCCGGACGCCCUCUGUCAGAGUUGCCCUACGCAAUACGUGUAAAUAAUGCGGGUCAUGGGCCAGCCAGGGAAAGGGCUCAAAGUGUAGUCGAUCGCCGGACCCUGAUGAAGGGGCAGGACGCAUCUCAUCUCUCGGCCACCCCAGCCAAUCCCCGCCGCCUGCCUCGCGGCCUGCCCCGCCUGCCCCAGCGCCUGUGCUUCCGCCCCCGCUGCCGGCGCCGCAGCCGCUACCACCGCCACCAUGUCGGGCAAGCAGUUCCUGGUGCUGCUGCUGCUGUUCGCCUGCUACCUCUUGCUGGGCGCGGCCGUCUUCCACUACAUCGAGCAGGCCAAGGAGAUCGCGCAGCACGCGCAGGACCGCCACGACGAGGAGCUCAUCUACAAGAUCCUCAACGACAGCAUCAACGACAGCGAGACGAUGAAUGACCUCAUCCCGAAGCUCGAGCAGUACUGCGGGAAGAGCUUCAACAUCGACCCGGACAGGGCGGACCCCUUCAAGUGGCACUUCUACAACGCGGUGUUCUUCGUCAUAACAGUGGUUAGCACCAUAGGAUAUGGAAACUUGGCGCCCACGACCCCCUUAUCCCGGAUCCUGAUGAUUUUCUACGCGCUCGUGGGCAUCCCGAUGAACGGCAUCCUGCUCAAGAGCCUGGCCGACUACUUCGCGCACUUCUUCCUGCGCGCUCGGGACAAGUACAAGAUGCACCAGCACAACGGCAUGAGCUUGGCGGGGAGCAUCAUGCUGUACUGCAGCUUGGGGCUCUUCGUGUUCAUGCUGUGCCCGUCCUUCAUCUUCAUGUACUUCGAGAGGUGGACCUUCGACGAGUCCCUGUACUACGCCUUCGUCAGCCUCACCACCAUCGGCUUCGGCGACUUCGUGGCGGGCCAGAAGGUGAACCACAAGCCCGAGUACAUCGUGUACAAGGUGUUCCUCAUCCUGUGGCUGCUGUUCGGCCUGGGCUACCUCUUCAUGGUGCUGAGCUUCAUCACGGACGCCAUGAGGUCCAAGAGGAUGGCCAAGCUGUCCCAGGGCAUCAAGCACACGCAGACCAAGCUGUGGCACGGCAUGGUGCACGAGAUGCCACACCUGCUGCGCCGCGUGCUCAACGAGCUGUACCUGCUCAAGGUCAAGCCGGUGUACCACGACGACGACUUCAGCGACCUGGCGGAGCAGCCAUUCGCCCGGUGGUCGUCGUGCCCCGACCUGUUCUGGCUGGACGAGGCCUACAAGAGCACCAGCCCGUACCCCGUGGUGGUGGGGCUGCCCGGCGCCGGGUACCGCCGCGCCUCCAGGGUGGCGGCGGGCCGGCCGCGCGCCCUGUCCGAGGUGCUGCCCGGGCGCCUGCUGGUGCGCCGCCGCUCCGAGACCGAGCUCGGCAGGAUCGACCGGCGCGCCACCUUCGCGGACGCCACCGUGCCCGAGGCCGGCCUGGACCCCGCCGAGCUGCUGCACGAGUUCAUGAACGCCCUCGUCAACUGGGGCGGCGCCGUCUCCAACGACGAGUGCUACAACACGGUGCACAAGACACCGGGCACGGCGCUGCCGAACGGCGGCUACCAGGGCUUCGCGGACAGCGACAUCCUGAGCAGCGAGUGGAAGGAGCAGGGCCUCGGGCGCGGCGCCCGGCAGCGCGCCAAGAGCCUCGCGCCCUUCUCGGCGGCCAACGACGCCCUGGCCGAGGCGCGCUACGGCCACGGCGUCCACGGCCUCCACGACGACCUCGACGACAGCGCGACGCUGCCGGCGGACGAGGCCGGCCAGGACGGCGCCGCCAACAACGCCGAGUGGACGUGGUCCGGCACCGGCGCCUCCAAGCGCGUCCACGAGCUGAUCCGGGCGCGGCAGCACAGGCGGCGCUCCGAGGCCGUGAUCCGCAAGCAGCAGCGCCAGGACCGGCGCCUGCAGGAGCUGUACGACUUCCACCGCCUGCAGGAGCUGGAGGAGCAGCGGCACCUGGACAAGGAGGCCCGCAGCAAGGAGAAGCGCAGGGCCAGGACGCUGUCCACCGGCGCGGCGGAGACGGGUGCUGCAGGUUCGGGGCUGGCCGCGCCCAAGACGUCGGUGGGCGGGCUGAUGCAGCGCCUGGCCAUCCCGCAGCGCCUCAAGGACUUCGCGCGGCGGCGGCGCUCCCUGCAGCCCGGCGGCACGUCGGACCAGGACGACCAGGACGCCGACGGGUACGGCGACGACGCCCCCUACCUGGGCCAGCGGGACCAGCGGCGGCGCUCCCCCAGCUACGACCCGUCCAGCGGCGUGUCGCCGCUCUUCUUCGGCGGGCCCUUCCCCGACCCCUACCGCACGCACACGGCGGGCGAGUCGCUCCUCGGCCCCGGGUUCGAUCCCAGCCACGGGCGCCGCGACAGCAUUUUCAUCCUGCUGGAGGAACCUGAACCCCAGUCCCGGCCUCGGCCAGAGCCCUGCGCGGGGGUGGCGCGCCCCUUCGCCCCCCAACGCUUCCGGCCUCGUCUUCUGUCCGCACCCGCGCCUCAACGCUUUAGGCCUCGGCUGCUGUCCACGCCCACACCGCAACGCUUCCGGCCUCGGCUGCCGUCCACCCCCGAGUCAGGUCGCUUCCGGCCUCGGCUGCUGUCCACCCCCGAGCCACAACGCUUCCGGCCUCGGCUGCUGUCCACCCCCGAGCCACAACGCUUCCGGCCUCGGCUGCUGUCCACGGCCCCGAGCCAGCAACGCUUCCGGCCGCGGCUGCUGUCCACCCCCGAGCCACAGACCCUUCCGGACGGGCGCUGUCCACCCGCCGCCUUGCAAGGCUUUUCCAGGCGGCUGCGGUCCACCUUGGAGAACACGUCGCUGGCCGAGUUCCUGCGCGUGCUGCAGUCGGUGCAGCGGCAGCAGGCUGACGUCCAGGCCACGGUGCCGCCGCAGGCGCCUCCCACGCCGUCGUACGGCAAGACGCGCAAGCUGGGCACGGCCGGCCUCGCCCACCAGCCGCAGGAGCCGCAGCCCAACUCCAUCUUCAAGGUGUUCCCCGGGCUGCUGGACACGGGCAAGCCGGAGAAGAGGCGCCUCUCGCUGCGGCCCAGCUCCCCGCCGCCCGGCACCACGGCCAACGGCGGCCCCGCGCCGGCCACCCCCACCGGACGGCGCCGCAUGUCCUUCUGGCCGUCGUUCGGGUCGAGCGCGGAGCCCACGCCAACCCCCAGCCCCGUCGCCCUGACCAGCCCCACGGCCGCCAGGAGACGGGGCUCGACGGCCAGGAGGCUGUCGACCUUCCUGGGCGCGGGGACGUGCACGGACCCGGACCCCGCCGACGGCGAUGCCGGGGACCUUGGCCCGGCCAAGGUGACCAAAAAGCGGCGCUUCUCCAUCUGGCCCACGCUUGGCGUAAUGGGCCGUGGCGGCGGUGGCGCGGACAAGGAGGCCGACGAGAAGCCGCCGUCGCUGCCGGCCGGCCUCGGCGCCCUGGAGGACGGCCGCGGCGACGCCGACGUCUACUCCAUCAGCUCGACGGUCCCGCAGAUCACCAUCUCCUACGUGAGUGACGCGCCGCCCGCGCCGCCAGUCGCACCCGCGCCGCGCGAGACCCUGCGCCGCCAAGCGCUGAGGUACAACUUGCCGACCAUCCCCGCCUACGUGCCCGGGGCAGUGCCUGGGGCAGUGCCCCCCAGCGGGCCGCAGGACGCCGCUGUCGCCGCCCGGAUGCGGUUCCCGCGGACUUCCCAGAGCGGCGCGGCGCCCUCGCCGUCAGCCCUUCGGCGGCCGAGCCGGACCCCCGCGCCGCCCGCACCCUUACCUGGCCGCCGCGGACCCUCUGUGCCGUCGCCGCUGUACACGUCCGCGGCCGCGCACCGCCGGAGGGCCUUCAGCGAGUCGACGAGGGCCGGGGCCGCCGAGUCCAACGACAACAGCGACAACGCCGACGAAGACAACGCCAGUGACACGCACAGUGAGCGGCUGUAGCUCGCCGGCAAUUUGUCAUCUUGAACAAUAAUUUUAUGUCUAGAGUGUGGUGUUCCUUCGUUUCGUUCUCGUGAAAAAUCGAAUUAUUUCUAGAGAAAAAUAGAUUUUGUGCUUGUGCAAAUUUGAUUAAAAGAGAGAGAGGAAACUUUAUCAAUCCAAUAAUAUCAUCGCAUGAGGUCUUGAUGUGAGUGAUAGGAAUAAAUUAAUUCUAAUGUAGUAAGUA